GCGCCAGGACGAGCCGCGCGCUGCUGGUGCUGGUGCUGCUCCUGGUGUUGGUGCCGCCCCUGCCGCUGCCGUCAGUCAGGCUGCGUUCGGUUCUUCAGCACCUGGUUCCCUCGGACCCAUCGCCGCUUUUAGACCUUGCUGCGGACUCGAAUCUUGCCGGGAAAAUGUCUGAUGAAUUUUCGUUGGCAGAUGCACUACCUGAACACUCCCCUGCCAAAACCUCUUCUGUGAGCAAUACUAAACCUGGCCAGCCUCCUCAGGGCUGGCCAGGGUCCAACCCUUGGAAUAACCCAAGUGCUCCACCUGCUGUGCCAUCUGGACUCCCACCGAGUGCGACACCCUCCACUGUGCCUUUUGGACCAGCACCAACAGGAAUGUAUCCCUCUGUGCCUCCCACCGGACCACCUCCAGGACCCCCGGCACCCUUUCCUCCUUCUGGACCAUCAUGCCCCCCACCUGGUGGUCCUUAUCCAGCCCCAGCUGUGCCAGGCCCUGGCCCCACAGGGCCAUAUCCUACACCAAAUAUGCCCUUUCCAGAGCUUCCGAGACCAUAUGGUGCACCCACAGAUCCAGCUGCAGCUGGUCCUUUAGGUCCAUGGGGAUCCAUGUCUUCUGGACCUUGGGGACCAGGAAUGGGAGGGCAGUAUCCUGCCCCCAAUAUGCCAUAUCCAUCUCCGGGGCCAUAUCCUGCUCCUCCUCCUCCCCAAGCACCAGGGGCAGCACCACCUGUUCCAUGGGGCACUGUUCCACCAGGAGCCUGGGGACCACCAGCACCAUAUCCUGCCCCUGCAGGAUCAUAUCCCACACCAGGACUCUAUCCCACUCCCAAUAAUCCUUUUCAAGUGCCUUCAGGACCUUCUGGUGCUCCACCGAUGCCUGGUGGCCCCCAUUCUUACCAUUAAGUUAACAAUGGAUGAAGAGAUGACGCUUUGCUUUUUGAAGUACAUAUAUAUAUGCACAUGAAUGCAUAUAUAAAAAUUGCUGUUUCACUAUUCUUAGAGGGCAUUCAUGAAAGAACAACUCUUGCACCUCUCAGAAGAUAUCUGCCUCUUGUACUUGGAUGUUUAGUACAUCUGAUGGAUACAAUCAGAUAAAAAUGUAAAAGUAAAUCAUUCAAAUGUGAUUUUUAUUCGGUUUUUAUGGAAAGUUAAAGUGAUUAAGUAUAUUGAAUACAAUUUGUUUAAAAUUUUUUUUAUAAUUUGAUACAAUUUGUUUAAAACAAAUUUUCGAUUUGUUUAAAUUAUGAAACUAAACACAUAAUCACUUCUUCCCCUAAAUAAACACACUUUGAAAAUAAUCACAUUGUCAUAAUUUAAACAAAUGAUGCCUCUCAACAUCUUGAGCUGCUCUAUCAAUAGGAUAAAUAAACCUGGUCCUCUUGAGGUUUUAGUUUGGAUAUACAUAAAACUUCAUAAUUAUUGUCGGAUGUUGAGCUCAUUAACCAGGCAGUGUUCAUUUUUAUCCUUGAGCUUUUAGAAAAACUUUCCCUUUAUUUUGAGUUCCAUCUUACUUGUUUUUUUAUUAGCCAGAUGGGUCAUACAGCUCUAAAAUCUGCCAUUUAUGGAAACUAACUUUUAUCUUUUUAAUGCAGGCCAACAUGUAUGUAAAUUAUAUUCUUAGGGAAUUGGGGAUCUCUUUGUAUUGCUUUAGAAUCAUGAGAUGUCCAUAUUGGCUUUGGGAAGAGCUCAAGGAAGGAAACAUUCUCUCCUAGAGGAGACCCUGGGAGUUGCUUCAUAGACAAGUAAUUUGCAUUCCCACAAAACACCCUUCCUGUAGCCCCCUCUCCUUCUGUUCUUUAGAAGGCGCACAUCCCUUAAUUCCUCCCUGAUAUGGAAAACUGGCACACUCAAGGGGUCUAUCACAAACAAAGAAAUUAGGUUUAGAGAACCUUAGUCAGACAGACAUGAUAGUUCUCUUUGUAUAAGUGUGAUCAAAAUAUGUAUGUGUCUUUCAGUCUGGUUAAGUUGUCUUUGUCUCUUACAUAGUUUCCUGGAUCUGUUUGUAAAGUGUUUAUGGCCAACAGUUCAGUUCUGUAUUUGUUGAUAGGUAAAUAGAAGAAUGAGUGCCGUCCUUAAAAAUUAUCCUUUAGCUCUAACAGUGAGAAUAAUAAUAAAGUAGAUCUCUGCAGUUGAGUUUAAAGCAAUAUGACUGUGUUGCCUAGAAAAAGUUGUUUACUUUUUGGCACCUUUAAAUCAGAUUUUUUAGAUUUGGUAUAGAACUGACCAUGUUAUUCGUCAAAUAACAUUUUGAAACUUUGAAUGUAUCCACUGGCUUACUAAAAUGUAUUGUGCAUUUCUUGACCAGUAUAGGAAAGAUUUAUGCUAGAGCUUAUUUUUGCUUAGAAAUAAAAUAUUUGGUAGUUUCUCUUGUAGUUAAAAUGUCGAGAAUGCCAAAUGCUGCCAGUUUAAUGGUUUGAUAGCUACCUCCUUUUAAGAAAGCAAGAUUGUCACCUUUGAGAGGAACAUUCGGUGUUUAGGCCUCCCUUUUAAGUGCUGAUAGAUUCAAGCUUUUGGAAUUGAAACUGAUUUGUUUGGGUAUUUUCAGACUGGGGAAUGUUAGACAGCUCUUUCAGAAUGGCACAAUCUUUCUUCUUUCACUUCUUUGGAGGGACAAGUGCCAGCUAUCUGUAGCACACUUGGAAUCUGUGUUGACAAUGUAGCCUUCAGUUUACUAGGCCAGUAGCCUUAGAAAGUGACAUGGCUUAAAUUGUCAAUCAGUAUCAUAAUGUCAUCUAACUCUGGAGGGAUAAGAUGAUAGGAAAAGUAAGAUGGCAGCAAAGAUACCUCUCCUUCUGGUUAUUUUGGUUGUCCUACAUUGGGAUAAAUUGACAACUCUAGCUUUACCUAAAGGUAUUUAACGCUAGAGAGAAUAAUGUUUAACUAAAAGAAGACAAGGUAGCAAGUUUGGGAAUCUGUCAUCGUGAAAUCCAUUUAUUAUCGGAGAAAAUCUUUUGCUAAAGGAUUUGAAGGACCGUGAAGACAAGAUUUGAAAUUACUACCCCCUGUAAGUAUAUUAACUUUGCUGGCAGCCCACAUAGCCCAGUGAGCCCUAGACGAUACUGCCAUUUUUAAGCUUUGCUUUUCGAGGAUUUUCCAACUGGUGUUUCGGAAAUUUUUUCUUUUCUUUUCAAGAUUGGAAACCAAAGGAAUAGAAUUUGCUAUUACAUUCUUUCUAAUUCUUUCAAGCAUCAUUUCUUAACUUGGAGGAGGGACAUCUCAAUUCUCUUGGGCACUCUGGGGCAAAAAGUAUUUUUAGGUUCAGGGUAGAGUUAAGAAAAGCAGAAGUUGUUUCAAGGGAGGAAUGGGGGAAAGCAUCUAAGAAGGUUUUUUGUCUUUACAAGGGAAUAAUGUUGCUUUUAAAACAAGUCUUGCUAGGCUGAGAUUGGUUUGUGGAAGAAACUGCUUAUUAGUAUGUUUGGUCUCAAGGGAACAUGAAGUAUGGAAUAUGCUGGCAUUUGGACUUUCAGAGCAAGAAUUUUAAGAUAAAUUUGAUGGAGAUAGUUGAGAUGUGUUGAGGAAUAUUGUUUUUGAAGUUAGAAUCUUAGGUUUUGAAAUGUUGAACCUAAAAAUGACAGCAAAAGAUUUUUAAAUAGACCUUAGGGCCUCAUUUACAUACUCAGUCCUCAAGAAUCAAGGCUCCUUAGAGGAGAGCUUACAAUGCCUUGGCUUGUCUGUACUGGGUUUGACGCGACACUUUUCGUGCUUUUGAAGAUGGCUGUGUACAGCUCUGACUCUUAAAGCCUGUUUUCUGUGAAGUAAUACAUUGAUUAUUUGGGAAGAGACAAUAAUUUAAUUACCCAAGGGCCACCUUCCUUUGUCAGUUUUACUGUUUAUUGCUUUCAGUAGAGAAUAAUAAAAGGACAGAGAAGAAAAGGGGUAAGUUUUGGGCCUUGGUCUGUCACACCACUACAGUGAGAUAUUGGAAUAUUUUCCAGGAAAGAAGUCAGUUUUACCCCUGGUAUUUUUACCUCACAGAUAAUUAGUGCUACCUAUUGUACUCAGAUGUACAGCUUUUGAAACUGUGUAGAUCAAAGUCUCAAUUAAAAUACUGUGCCUAGUUUGCAUAUCAGUCGGUUGCCUACACUUCUUAAUGAUUAGUGCCAGUGUCUUCCUCACCCUGAAUAAUCUAGGGCUAGAUUUAUAAAAUGCCUGCUUUAUAAACCUUGGAAAUUAAACCUAAGACCUUCAAGUGUUCAAGUUUUUGAAAGCAUAAUGCUUAAUUCAUAUGAAUCACACUGAUACACUGUACUAUGCAUAGAAAGUGGUGGGUGGCUUUCAGGGGAGACUAUAAUCUUAAUACAAGCAAUAUUUAGUAUUGAAGACAGACACUAUUCUUUCUAUUUUCAGAAUUCUGCCAAGUAAAACAAAAAUUGCCAACAAAAUAAUCAGUAUUAAAGAAAUGCCAUGCAAGCUUCUGGCUAUAGAAAACAUCUGAAAACUGCAUUCAUUCAGCAGACACUUAAAUGUCCAUGACGCAGGUGCUUUGCCAGAUGCCAGAGAUAGAGCUGACAAAGAGUGCCUGUCCAGGGGCUUACAGCCUAGGGGUUGCAUUACAGAACUCAUUAGUACACUCAUUAUUAGUUUACCUAGGCAAACAUUUUAGUAUUGCUGCUGGUGGAAAUUAUAGACCAGCCUUUGGGCAUUUAAAGAGCUAUGAUAUAUACCUUUUUUUAAAGUGAGAAAAUGCUUUUCAGGACUGUAGUGUUUUUCAGUGCAAAGCGUGCGAAAGUUAAUGGGAUGUUUUUCCUCUUCACUUUUCCCCUGGUUAAAGGCACUUUCACUGCGUGUCACUGAUUAGCAGAUACCGAUUUGUUGCCAUUAAGUAAACUUGACUUCUUAUGUGUGCUCUGUAAAGGUUUUUUUUUGUAACUUUUUCCUAAUAUUGUGGUUUUUUUCAUUGACUUAAUAAUGACAAAUUUAAUGUAUGUAAUUGUCUAUGCAUUUUAAGUUAAACUGCCUAAAAUGUGAUUUGAGACAUAUACAUUUGUUUGUAUUAUGAACUGUAAGCAAUCUGUUUGAGAUGUUAGGUUUUAUCACCUGCUGCUGUAUUUGUAAACAAAGACAAUGUUGCUUUAAGACGUAAUUAUAACUAGGAAUAGUCUAUGGAUAUGAUACUUGAUAUUUUUUAAGAUAAACUUGUUUGCUUUUGUGUAUUACACCUGAAAACUUUUUUUUAAAAUUGUAUUUUCAUGGU